GAGAGAUCACUCACUCCACCUGAAUGAAUCCCAUGGCCAAAUGUUGCCCGCUGCUCCUCCUCUUCCUCUUGUCGUUCCUCUCGCCCGAGGCGCGCGCGACAUCGUGCCACCCCGACGACCUCCACGCGCUAUGGGGCUUCACCGCGAACCUCAGCAGGGGGGGCGCCCUCCUUCGCGCCGCGUGGUCCGGCGCCGCAUGUUGUGGCUGGGAUGGCGUGGGCUGUGACGGUGCCACCGGCCGCGUCACAGCGCUGCGCCUCCCCGGACGUGGCCUCGUGGGGCCCAUCCCAGGAGCCUCCCUCGCAGGCCUCGCGCUGCUGGAGGAGCUCGACCUCGGCUACAACAGCUUGCGCAACAUCUCAGGGGUGAUCACCGUGCUGCGUGGGUGCCAGAACGUCACCACACUAAUUCUCACCAAGAAUUUUGACGGUGAGGAGUUACCGACCGAUGGUAUUAUUGGUGGGUUCAAGAGCCUCGUGGUGCUGGAUCUUGGUGAUUGUGCUCUUAGGGGCAGGGUUCCGGAAUGGUUGUCUCAAUGCAAGAAAAUGAAGGUGCUUGACCUGUCCCGCAACCAAUUGGUUGGCGCCAUUCCGUCGUGGAUUGGUAGGCUUGACCAUCUUUGCUACUUAGAUCUCUCCAACAAUACAUUAGUUGGCGAGGUACCCAAGAGUUCUAAGGGCCUCAACACCUCUGGGUGUUCAUCGGGCAUCAAUUUCAUGAAUAUGACAUUUUAUCUGAAGCGUAGCGGAAUAAGCAAACAUCGCCGACAACGUAAGCAUGCCCCAAAUGUCAUAGCUGGGACCAAUAACGUUGUCAGAUCUGGGAGCAACAAUGUUAUGGCCGGGAACGACAAUACUGUAAUAUUUGGGAAUGACAACGCCGUAUCCGGGAGCUAUCAGGUCGUAUAUGGGAAUAACCAUGUUGUAACUGGGGAUCAUCACGUCGUAUCCGGGAGCAACCAUGCCGCGUCUGGGAGCCACCAUGUCGUGAUUGGGAAACACAAUAUCGUAUCUGGGACCCACAAUGACGUAGGUGGGAGCAAAAAUAUCGUAUCCGGGAGUAAAAAUGUUGUAUCUGGGAGCCACAAUACCGUGUCCGGUAAGAACCAUUUUGUAACUGGGCACAACAAAGUCGUAACCUGAGGUUAAUGACUGUACACAUCAUGGUAUAAGUGCGCGUGUUGCCGCGUCCGUCCGUUCCAUGGUGUCAGAAGUACUAUCAUGCAUGAUCCCAAAAGAAUAAAUAAAGAUACUCAUAUAUUCAGGGCAAAACUGAUGUAUCAAGAGUUUUAAUACUAGCUGGUAUGACAUAUCCAAAUUAAACUUAUGUAUGUAUGUAUG